UGAGAGAUUAGUAGACCUCACAGUGAACAGAUGCAGCAGGCUGGAAGUCUCACCUGACUCCAAAUAACUUUUCGUGUUUAAUGACAAAACUUUCUCCAUCAAUAAGGGAUUAUUUCUGUUGUUUCCAGACAAAAAAGAGGCAAAUAUUAUGACGGACGUGUCCAGUGUGCCGGACGCUCUCAGUGUGGUGCAUGACUUUUGCGCAACAGGUUCUGGGAGAUAAAAUCAAAAGUUUAACUCCGAUCAAUGUAGGAAGAAGAAGCAUGCUGUCUCCGUUUCGGCUCUUUGGCACUGAGCAGGAGAUCAACUCAUGGGAUGUAGUGGCUGCAGAGUCAGGUUCAACUUUGGAAAGGUGCUGUCCAAAGUCUCCGUGUUUUUUACCAUGGUCCUGAUCUUCACCUAUUUCUUCUACUGCCUCACCGGAUUCUGCGAUUCCGCUCCGAGGACUUUAUACAGACAGCAAGCUUUGGAGUAUGACGUUUUGGACGAUCAUCGCAGCGUCCUGGACGACCUGCGACCUCCGGCGCGCCUCCUCCCCGACGCGCCAGCUCUUCGGAACCGCACAGUGGCAUCCUCCACGGACGCAGGGCAGGUGGACGCGCCUGGACAGCUGCCUCCUCUCAGCGACAAGGGGAGCGCCCCGAGCAGCGGCAUGCCCGUUUCCAACACUUUCGGGACCAAAAGGUUCCCGCAGGCGAUUAUAAUCGGCGUGAAGAAAGGAGGAACCCGCGCGCUGCUGGAGUUUCUGCGCAUCCACCCGGACGUGAGGGCGGUCGGCGCGGAGCCUCACUUCUUCGACAGGUUUUAUGACAGAGGACUGGAGUGGUACAGGACCCUGAUGCCUCGGACGCUCGACGGCCAGAUCACCAUGGAGAAGACGCCCAGCUACUUUGUCACGAAGGAGGCUCCGGGUCGUCUCUGCACCUUGAACUGCCAAACCAAGCUCAUCGUGGUGGUCAGAGAUCCUGUGACGCGGGCUGUCUCUGACUACACUCAGACUCUGUCCAAAAACCCGGGUCUUCCCUCCUUCCAGAGCCUGGCUUUAAAAAACUCCUCCAGUGGUCUGAUCGACACCACGUGGAGCGCCGUACGCAUCGGCCUCUACGCCAAACACCUGGAGAACUGGCUCCAGCACUUCCCCUUGUCUCAUUUUCUGUUUGUGAGCGGCGAGCGGCUGGUGUCCGAUCCGGCCGGGGAGAUGGGUCGGGUUCAGGAUUUCCUGGGCCUGAAAAGGGUCGUAUCGGACAAACACUUUUAUUUCAACCAGACCAAAGGCUUCCCCUGCUUGAAGAAGCCCGAGGGGAGCAGCAGACCUCGCUGCCUUGGAAAGUCAAAGGGCAGACCCCAUCCAGAUAUCUCCUCCGAGGUGCUGCAGAGACUCAGAGACUUCUACAGGCCCUUUAACCAACGCUUUUACCAGAUGAGUGGACAAGACUUCGGGUGGGAAUAACAGAGAAGAUUCCUGUCAUGGCCUCAGAACAAAAAUAAAAUCCUCUGGAGAAAAUGACUGUGAUCCUCUGCAGGGUUAACUUUCUCAGGGAUGGGAGAUGAUUCUGCCUCAGUAGACUCAACCUGACAGGCAGCAUCUCAACUCUCAUUUUUUUGUUAUGGAGAAGAAGCCAACAUGGACAAGAUGCUGCCAAAGUUGGCUUAGUCAAUACACCAUUAAUUAAUUGUCUGACCUGUCACUAAUGUAAGUGUCAAAUUGAAUUUUGAAGCAACAAGGAUCCAAAGGGAAAACAAAAAAAAGAUUUGCCUCUGAAUAUAAUUUGAACGUUUCUUUCUGUGUUUCUAGAAUAAGCUGAUAUUUAAAGUCUCUGUUGAUAUGAAAUACAACAGAUGUGUUCUUCUUUUAUGAAAGAAAUGUAUUUAUUACAUGACAUUGUAAACUAAAAUAUAAAAUGGAAAACAUUUUUAAUCGACAGGACAUUAAAAGAAAUGUCGUACUCCAUGAUAAACCACUAUCUCUCUUGAAUCAUUAGCAGUGUUACGUGGACUGCGUUUAUAUUUACAUUUCAUGAAUAUUUAAUGUUUCUAAAUGCCGCAUGUCUUUGUGUUGAUGUGGAUAUUUUUUUUAAUACGUUGCCGUUGCUAUACCAAAGAUACCUCAGAUGUAAAUAUAAAACGAUAAGAAACCAAACAUACACACAUUCCAUUUGUAGAUAUCUUUCUUCAAAGCUACAUCAUUAUUUUCCGUUGCCUUGGAGACGAGCUAACUGUGUUCACUUUAAACUCCCUGUAUAGAUUAAACAAAGCACAGCGGUGUGUAUUAAACCUGAA